AAUAUUUUGUGCAAGUCAUAUUCUCAGGUUGUUGCUUGGACGUUUCUCCACAGUCAUCAUCACCAACCACCAAAAUAUUGCAUCUUCUCAAACAAUUAUAAAAAAAAUUCUCCAUUUUAUUCGUCACUUUACAAACUAUUUCUCCUAAAAAGCUAGCAACAUAAACAUUAUAAUGGAGAAUAAUAGCAUAACUAACCAUAAAAGUUCUACCACAACACCCAUUCUUAUAAUGGCCCUAGACGGUAUUGUAAAUGUAAACUCCUUGUUCACCUUAGCCCUCUUCUUAGGCAUUGUUAACGCCGAUCCUAGUAAUCCGUCUUACACUCUUGUUAGCAAAAACAAUGGAUCAUCUUCAUGCUUAGCACCCUCCUUUGUCGCGGAGGAUCUCAUUGCUUACCAUGUCUACUCCUUUUCCUCAUUUCUAUUCUCAAGUCUCAUCGCCUCAGCCCUCAAACAAGCCAUCAAAACAAAUGGUGGCGGUGUAGGAGGUCAAGCAACUAGGCCGACUAAUGUGAUGGUGGUUCAUGUCAAUAGUGUGGUGUUAAGGAUUGGGAUAUUGGCUUGUGCUUGUGGUUCAGUGUUUGGUUGUGUUUUCUUAAUGUUGGGUUUGGUCAAUUUGGUUCAAAUCAAGCUCGGUGUCUUGGCUUGUCGCGAUUUUUAUACUUUGGCUGCCUGCGUACCUCUUCUUGUGUUAGUCCCCUUGGCUCUUGUUCUUUAUAUAUGUAUCAUCUUGCAUGCUUCUACUUCUUGAAAAACAAACUAAAAUAACAUAACUAGGGGGGAACAAAACGUGACAAAGCCAUACCUACGACAUCAUCAUGUAUCAAGUUUAUUAUACUUCUACUUCUUGAAUCUUAUCAUCAAAUAACAACUUAGUUAUCAAAAUAUCAAAUUUAUUA